AUGAAAUCCGAUCCCAAUCCAAGCGAGAUUUCAACCCCAGCCGCUGGGGAUGAUGUCCUCCCAGCAGAGUGCCACUGCGGCAACGUCAAGUUCCACCUCACCCGUCCCAACGAGGCGAGCACGCACCCGCGCUCGCAGUUCCCAGACCUCAUGAUCGCCUACCACGAAGGCUCGCCCAUCACCCCCAACCCGGACAACGUCAAGUGGUGGCUGCGCGCCGGCAGCACGAAAUACCUCGCCGGCACCUGCACGUGCCGGUCGUGCCGACUGAUCUCGGGCUUCGAGGUGCAGACGUGGACGUUCGUGCCGCGGCCCAACAUCCUCUUCCACGUCUCGUCCGGGCACGCGGACGCGGAGGGCACCGUGCCGCUCGACUUCGGCACGCUGCCGCGCGGCAUCCUGCAGGGCUACGAGUCCUCGCCGGGCGUGCUGCGCGAGUUCUGCCCCGUGUGCGGCGCCACCGUCUUCUGGCACGACAAGUGGCGGCCGGACGUGAUCGACGUGAGCGUUGGCCUGCUGCGCGCGGAGAGUGGUGCCAGGGCAGAGGGCUGGUUGGACUGGUGGAAGGGGAGGGUGAGUUUUGUCGAGGAUGCGGAGCUGGAUAGGAAAGGCUGGCCUGCGAGAUGGGCGGUCGAUCUGGCCCAGGGGCUAGAGGAAGGGUUGAAGAAGGAGGAUAAGAAGGAGUGA